UGAGAGAGUCGGCUCUUUUUUCUUCUUGGAACUUACUCCUCUUUUUAUCUCUUUUCCUCUCUCUCGUCGUUUUGCCUACGUAGUGCAUCUCGCGAUUGAUUGAGUGCUUGUGUCGUGGCUAUUUGUUGUGUUAUUGUUGGUGGUGGUGUUGACUGAACCGAGUCCAGAGUAUGACGAGAAGGCAUACAUUGAUUGUGAAACUUAAGAGAUCCAGCACCGGCAGGCCAUGGGGCAUAAGGAUUGCCGGAGGCGCAGAUCUGGGCACGCCGAUUGUUGUCACCCGCUCGGAGAACGAGGCGCUCCAGAAGGGUGACAUGAUCAAGAAAAUUGACGAUUACGACGCGCGUGAUGUGAGGCAUGUAGACGCACAGAAUCUCCUCCAAAACUCCGAAACCAUAAAGCUAGUUAUCGAAAGGUCUGAGCCAUCGAGAGUAUCAUCACGUACAACCACCGACACUACCUUCACUACGUCACCAUCACCACCCACGAUUUUCAGGCCGAUCGUUGGCAACGGGGCUGCGGCCACUAGUCUAUACAAACAGCCGAAGGAGUAUCCGCAAGAAUUACCAAAGAGCCCAAUUCGGCCGCCUUCGGUCGAGGAGUACAGGUCAACGCCAACUCCGGAAUAUACCCUUCGCAGUACGAUCAUUAUGCCGCAUGAACACCUCGACGAGAUUCGCGAGGAAAGAGUUCAUUUGUCGCAGCCCUACCGUACGACUCCUCUGGUCUUGCCAGGUGCCAAGGUCAAGAAGGAUGCUCCAAUCGGUGAAUGUUACCUGCGACAUCAUCCGAAUCCGAUGAUCAGGGCAGCACCCCAUCAUUACGAACCAGCUCAUCCUGAAGUUGCUAUGAAACAAAAGGUGGCGGAAACAGUACUUCACCGUGUCGUGGGACCGAAUGAAGUUCCAAAGAUUGUCCACAAGCAAUUCAACUCGCCGAUCGGACUUUAUUCGGAUCAAAACAUCGCAGACACUAUCAAGUGCCAAGCGUCCGCUAUACCCAUUUUCAUAGACUUUUCCUUCCUGAAACAGAAACAGGAAAUACAGGAGCAAGCGAGAAUCUUGAAAGAGCAGGCGAAGGCCGCUGCCUCGAAGAAUGUGUGGCCGCAAUUCAAUAAACCAAAUUAAAAAUUGUCGAGAGACGUUCGAGACGUUUUCCGAUGCUUCUCGUACGUCGGAUCUACGACGGCAGAGUUUCCCGGUUUUUACGUGAAUCAUUGGGCACGUUCUCUUAUUAAAACAUAAAAAAUUAUGCAUAUUGUCUGUAAAAAUUGUUAAAUUAACAAAAUUUUGCAAUACAGUUUAAUGAGAAAACUUAUACGAAAAAUUGAGAUCACUGAAAAUAUUGAGAAAUAAUUAUCACAAGUCAACAGAAAUAUUUUGGGUAUUCAUUCAGUUAAUAAUUCGAUUAUUCCGCGAUGCUGUUAUUAAAACCUCACAAUUGAAUUAUUUGUCUCAAAAAUGCAGAAAAUCUUUCCAAUUGCUAUCAAUAUUUGAAUUAAAUCUGAGUAAUUAAUUUAAACGAUUGAUUUAAUUGUUGAUAGUAUUUAACACAGCGAACGUGGCCAUUGAAUAUGCGAGUCCCUCGAAAUGAUUGUGCGAUUAUUAUUUCGGGUUAGUUUGCCGUUCAUAUUACAUAUAUGUAUAGUAAAAAUCGUAGACAUGAAUUAUUUGACAAAAUUGUAAAUUUCGUAAGGUCUCUCCGCGAGUCCGUACAAAAAAAGCUUUUCCUUUAGCAGUAAAUUCUUGCAUGUAGCAGAAGUAGUGAAUAAUCAAUAACGUGAAUAUAGUAGUUGAGAAUAUGUGAGAAUAUCUACUAACUUCGUCGUUUCCUUAACGAGUGUUCGUAUGCUUGUAUCGUAGAUACCGUGCACGAAUAAUUCGAGACGACUUUUGAAAAUUGCGCCAUUGCGGAAAUCUAUUUUUGCUGCUUCUAUUUUUUUGAGAUGACGAGCACCGCAGAGAAUUUAAUGGGAAUAAAAAUAAUCUGAAAAUUAUAUUUGCAAGAAUAUUAAUAAUAAGGGUAUAAGUAAAAAUAUAU